CUUUUUUUUCUCCUCCUUUGCGAGUCUAUUAGAAAUGUCUGCUGAAUACGAGGGUGCUAUCGGUAUUGAUUUGGGUACUACCUACUCCUGUGUUGGUGUUUGGGAAUCCGAACGUGUUGAAAUUAUUGCCAACGAACAAGGUAACCGUACCACUCCCUCCUAUGUCGCUUUCUCUGAUAAGGAGCGUCUCAUUGGUGAUGCUGCCAAGAAUCAAGCUGCCAUGAACCCCAAGAACACCGUUUUCGACGCCAAGCGUUUGAUCGGUCGUCGUUUCGAUGAUCCUGAUGUCAAGGCUGACAUGAAGAACUGGCCUUUCACCGUCGUCGAACAAAACGAAAACCCCUUCAUUCAAGUCGAAUUUGAAGGUGAAACCAAGACCUAUUCUCCCCAAGAAAUUUCCUCUAUGGUUUUGAUCAAGAUGAAGGAAAUUGCUGAAGCUAAGCUCGGCAAGAAGGUCACCAAGGCCGUUGUCACUGUCCCUGCUUACUUCAACGACAGUCAACGUCAAGCUACUAAAGAUGCCGGUGUCAUUGCUGGUCUUGAUGUUCUCCGUAUCAUCAACGAACCCACUGCUGCUGCCAUCGCUUACGGUUUGGAUGCCAACGACAAGAAGGAACGUAAUGUCCUCAUCUACGAUUUGGGUGGAGGAACUUUCGAUGUCUCCCUCUUGACCAUCGCUGGUGGUGUCUUUGCUGUCAAGGCCACCGCUGGUAACACUCACUUGGGUGGUGAAGAUUUCGAUAACGCUCUCGUCAACCACUUCGUCCAAGAAAUCAAGCGCAAGCACAAGAAGGACAUCUCCGGUGACGCCCGUGCCCUCCGUCGUCUCCGUUCUGCCUCCGAACGUGCUAAGCGUACCUUGUCUUCUUUGACCCAAACCACUGUCGAAGUUGACUCUCUCUUCGAAGGUGUUGACUUCCAAUCCACCAUCACUCGUGCCAAGUUUGAAGAAAUCAACUCUACUGCUUUCGCCGGUACUAUCGAACCCGUUGAACGUGUCUUGAAGGAUGCCAAGGUUGACAAGAAGGAUGUUGAUGAAAUCGUUCUCGUUGGUGGUUCUACUCGUAUCCCCAAGAUCCAAUCCCUCCUCCAAGAUCUCUUUGGUGGUAAGGAAUUGAACAAGUCCAUCAACCCUGAUGAAGCUGUUGCCUACGGUGCUGCCGUUCAAGCCGCUGUUCUCACCAACCAAGCUGGUAACGAAAAGACUCAAGACCUCCUCUUGUUGGAUGUUGUUCCUCUUUCUCUUGGUGUUGAAAUGCAAGGUGGUAUCAUGGCUGUUGUCGUUCCCCGUAACACCCCUAUCCCUUGUCAAAAGUCCAAGGUCUUCACCACUGCUGCCGAUAACCAAACCACUGUCACUUUCCCUGUCUACGAAGGUGAACGUUUGAUGACCAAGGAAAACAACCUUCUCGGUGAAUUCUCUCUCUCUGGUCUUAUCCCUGCUCCUCGUGGUACUCCUGAGCUCCUCUGUACCUUCGAUCUCGAUGCCAACGGUAUCUUGAAGGUCACUGCUCAAGACAAGACCACCGGUCGCAAGGCUGAUGUCACCAUCUCCAACUCCACUCGUCUCUCUGCUGCUGAUAUUGAACGUAUGGUUCAAGAUGCUGCCAAGAACGCUGAUGCUGACAAGGAACGUGAAGCCGUUGUCCAAGCUAAGCAAGACCUCGAAGCUUACGUCUACCAAGUCGAGAACAACAUUGCUGACCCCAAUGUCAACAUGAAGCUCCGUCGUGCUGACCGUGAAGCUAUUGAAACCGCUUUGGCCGAAGCCAUGGAACUCAUGGAACUCUCUGCUGAUGAUGCCAAGCCUGAUGACCUCAAGUCCGCUCAAUCCAAGUUGAAGCGCGCUACCACUCGUGCUUUCGCUCACGUCUACUCUCAACGCCGUUAAAUUGUUUUCAAUCAGAGAAAAUGAUCAACAUUAUUUAAAAAAAAGGCAUUUCGACCACUUUUUGUUUGUAAAUCUUAUAUAAAAUAAAAGCAGAUGUAAAAUUAAAGGAA